UUUUUUUUUUUAUUCCAAGUUUCCUUUUACUUGAAUACUUUUCUUUAUUAACUUUUUUUUUUUAUUCACCUCAAAGCAUGGUAAAAGACCUUUCAGCCUUAAAGAUACAAGUGGAAACUCUUUACAAGACACUUCAAGACUGGCGACAUAUCGAACCUGAAGGUUUAGCUCUAAAGAAAGCUUGUCAGAUUCUUCAAGAAAACGACGACAAUAUGACCAAAUUAGCGACCGCAGACACAAGCAUCGAUGUUAUCGCCAUCUUUCGUGAUGCUAUAAGUUCGAUUGAAUCGUUUAUCCAAGAAGAAACUGAAGGACAAGAUCUAUGGGGAAAUAUGUUAUGGAAAACGAGAAGAGAUUUAUUGAUUUCUCAGUAUCGAUUUACUUGGCACGAAAUAUUGUUUGAACGACUCGACCCAUUAAUGAAGACUGUACUUUCUCUUGGAUUUCCAUUUUAUUCUGAACCAGAACAUUUCAAAGAAGAUAUGAUAGCAGGGCAAAAAGACAAUAAAAACAACGACAACAACAAUAAUAAUAAUAGUAAAGAUAACAAUGGCUCAGCAAGUUAUCGGUACUACCUUUCUUUGUUCGGACAAGAUACCAAACCAGCCAACAUGUGGAGUACAUUUAUGACCAAAUACCAAGCUCAAUUCGGUGUCUGGGAUAGUAUCACUCAUGAUUGUCUUAAAUAUCUCUUGUGUACAGAUAAUAAUGGUGAAGAUAUGAAUAUUUAUGGUUACAUAGCAAUCACAAGAGAAUAUGGAUUUCCCCUGGAUAUGGAAAAAUUACCAUUAACGAUGCUCUCACCGCCACCAGCCCCUUCCGAACAAGCUCGUGUGGAAACUGCCAAAAUGAUCAUGGAUUUGGUGACUUAUUUUUCCUCUAAAGAGAUGCGCGAUCAUCUGAUUGCUUUGUAUACAUGGUUCAAAGGUUACAACAAACGCGACAAGGAACAAAUGCAAACAAGAGCCAAUCAAUGGGCACGGGUAACAUUGGAAGCUAGAGCUAAAGAUGCAGAGAUUUGGACGGAAGAAGAAAAAUUAGCUGAUAAGGUGGAUCUGGCACGACGCACAAUUUCUCUCUUUUAUCAAAAAUAUAUGGUGAUGUGGCGAAUGGGUCAAUUUGCUCGCGAUUUAUUUACGGAUGUGGACUUCCCUGGAAAAGGACGUAUCUUUGAAAUGAAGGAACACGUCUUACCCUUGGAUCAUGCUAAUUAUCAUAUAGUCAUUCAUGGUGAUCCUUCCAAAUGGGCGUCCAAACGUCCCAAGAUAUAUAAGUUUUUGGACCAAGUCGUCAAAGAAGCUUAAUCAUGAUUUUUUUUAUAUAAAUAUUUUUAUAUCUUUUACACCAUAUCCUCUUUUAAUAUUUUAUGUAUGUAAAUUUGAAAACAAAAAGAUCCUAUUAUUGAUUCAAAAUAACUACGAUUUAUUAUUAUACAUGAUUUAUUACC